CAUGCUUCUUUUCCUCUUGAUCACCAUAACAACUUUGUCCAAUGCCACGCCGCCCGCCGGGAAGCCGCCUAGCAACGAGACGAUAUACCGAAUGUCGCAAGGCUAGCUGUGCUGGAACUGCGUGGGAGACGCCAUACAAUUCUUGUACGGGCACAACUUAGUGCGGGCAAGGAAAAUGCAGCUGCCCUUACGCUGGGCCGGGCAGCGGCGGCGCGACUGCGUGGUGGAGCACUCGUUCCCGGACGGCGGGUUCACGCUGGACGAGAACAUAUACUUGGGCAGCGGCCAGGCGUGGACGGCCAUGGACGCCGUGGGUGCGUGGGCCGAUGAGGAGAAGUACUACGAUUACGACACUAACAGCUGCGCCGCCGGCGAGAUGUGCGGCCAUUACACGCAGGUUGUGUGGAGCAGUACAAAGAAGAUCGGUGCGCUCUGUUGGAUAUUUGACACACAAAAUAUAACAGCACUCAACAAGGAUGAAAUAUGGAGGAUAAAUAUUAAUAGGCUUCUCACAAAAAAUAUUACAAAAUACACACAAACAAUGCUUCAACACUGCAAAACACUCUUCACUCUUUCUAACUUGAGCUACGGCUCUUUCCCUCUAACUCAGAAUUUUGGCAUAAGCAACGCAGCAAAAAACUCUCAGGUGUGCAACACUGGGAUUGAACGAGCUUCAUGCUUCUUCGAGCGUCAUGUUGUGAACACUUUUGGUGGGACACCGGUUCAGGAGAUAUACUGCUGUUGCGACAGCUUCAGCCCAGAAUUCCCGGGGUUUGAGAAUAACCGCCUCUGUAUUGCCCUCUUCCUCGUCCUCCUUGUCCAUAAGAGAUUCGACCUCUGCCUCGAUAGGUGGAAUAUUGACGUCCUCCCUCAUGUUGAUAAUUCUGGCCACGUCCUUCUUGAUUUUGAUAAUUCUGGCCACGUCCUCCUUCAUAAUGGUAAUGUUGGUUGCGUCCUCCUCGGCCACGAUAGCCUCGAUCUCGGCCUCGACCUCGGUUUUGUUUGCGACGCCGGAGAUGUGUUCAUCACUUGUAAUUACUCCCCACCUGGGAAUUAUGUCGGCGAGAGACCUUAUUGA